UAUAACCCUAAAUAAAAACAUAACCUUUUCAUUAACCUUACUUUAUCAGGUGAAAGUAAAUAGUUACCAGUUGAUAAUUUGCGGCUAAUUUUCUACUUAUUUCACAAUAAGUUAACUGAUAUGCUAUUUGAUAUCCUUUUUUGACCACAAAAACGAAGUCGAGAUGGAUAUCGAUGACCUUUUCGACUGUUUCAAUCAAGUUACAAAAAUUGAAGUUGCGAAGGAUUCACAAGGUUCUAAAAGGCCAAGAAAUGAUACUCCGGAUGAAACUGAAUCACCAAAAAAAGCCAAAUUAGAUUCUGAAGAUUUGGAACAAUUCAAACAAAUUCUCUCUGAAGAAUUGAAGAAUAGAGUGGUCGUUUAUAGUUUAGACACAAUUGACUCCUGCUCCCAUGAAGUAGCUUAUCCUUCCAAACAAGCAGCAGUCCCUCUUGUGGCUUCUCAAGGGGAACCAGCAAAGAAAUACAAGUUUGUUUUGGAUCCUUUUCAGAAAGAAUCUAUUUUAUGUAUUGAAAACAAUCAAUCAGUUCUUGUUUCUGCCCAUACAUCUGCUGGAAAAACUGUCAUUGCAGAGUAUGCAAUAGCUUUAUGUCUGAAAAAUAAACAGAGAGUAAUUUAUACAAGUCCCAUUAAAGCACUGUCAAAUCAGAAGUAUCGAGAAUUUAAUGACGAAUUUAAGGAUGUUGGAUUGAUGACUGGAGACGUUACAAUUAAUCCAACAGCAUCAUGCUUGAUCAUGACAACAGAGAUUUUGCGAAAUAUGUUGUACAAAGGAUCUGAUGUUAUCAGGGAGGUUGCCUGGAUUAUUUUUGAUGAAAUCCAUUAUAUGAGAGAUAAAAGUAGAGGGGUAGUUUGGGAAGAGACUUUGAUUAUGCUACCACAUAAUGCACGUUUUGUGUUUCUUUCUGCUACCAUUCCUAACGCUAAACAGUUUAUACAGUGGAUUUCACAUAUACAUCAACAGACCUGUCAUGUUGUUUACACAGAUUAUAGGCCAACACCUUUACAACAUUACUUGUUUCCAGCUGGUGGUAGUGGAAUUCAUAUGGUAGUUGAUGAAAAUGGAACUUUCCAAGAAGAUAACUUCAAUGGGGCAAUGACAGAGUUGCAGAAUGCCGGUGAAGCAGCAAAAGGUGAUCAAAAAGGCAGAAAAGGGGGAGUUAGAAAUAAAGAUGCCACUCAAACCGAUAUCUAUAAGAUGGUGAAGAUGACAGUAGAAAGAAAUUUUGCACCUGUCAUUGUUUUUAGUUUUUCAAAGAAAGACUGUGAACUUUAUGCAAAACAGAUGACCAAAAUGGAUUUCAAUACCACUUCUGAGAAAUUAGCUGUUGAUGAGAUUUUCAACAAUGCCAUUCAAGUUCUUUCUGAGGAAGACCAAGAUUUACCAUAUAUUAAGCAUAUGAUUCCUCUGCUGAGAAGGGGAAUAGGCAUUCAUCAUGGAGGAUUACUUCCAGUUAUUAAAGAAACGGUUGAGAUAUUAUUUGGUGAAGGUCUUAUCAAAGUUUUAUUCGCAACUGAGACCUUUGCUAUGGGAUUAAACAUGCCUGCCAGAACUGUUAUUUUCACUGAUAUGAGAAAAUUUGAUGGGCAAAAACAUAGAUGGGUGACAUCUGGAGAGUACAUACAGAUGGCUGGUAGGGCAGGUAGAAGAGGUUUGGACGAUAAAGGUAUUGUCAUAUCAAUGAUAAACGAGAAAGUACCUUCUGCGGCAUGUCGUAGUAUAAUCAAAGGUUUACCUGAUCCGCUGAAUUCCGCAUUCCAUUUGACUUACAAUAUGGUUCUCAAUCUGCUACGAGUUGAAGUAAUCGAUCCGGAUUAUAUGCUGGAAAAAUCUUUUUUCCAAUUCCAAAACCAGACUGAAAUUCCUCGUUUAUUUGACGAUUAUGAAGCAAAACUGGAGAAAUAUAAUGAAUUUGAGAUAGAAAAUGAACCAGAAGUCGAGUCAUAUCAUGUUCUGAAGCAACAGCUGGAGACAUUGUACAUCCAGACCAGAAAAUUCAUGUUGGAACCUAAAGUAUUGGGACGUUUCUUGAAAAACGGUAGAGUUAUGAAGGUAUCAACUCCUGAGGGUGAAUAUGACUGGGGUAUAGUAGUUGGCUGUAAGUGGCUAAAAAAUGGCAAAAAAAAGGACAAAAAGGUUGAAAUUGAUAUGCUCCUUAAUGUUAUUCAAGACGAUGAAAGUGAUAGUAACAAACCAGCUCUUCUUGAGGAUAAGGAUGGUCAAAUGGAAAUUAUUCCUGUAGAUUCCAGUUAUGUAACCCAUAUUUCUUCUGGUAGAUGCAAUUUUUCAGGAGACUGGAAAAGUAAGGAAAUCAAAAAGAUGAUAAAACCUUGGCUGAGGAAACUCAAGGAGGAUCAUCCAGAUGGUAUUCCAUUGCUGGAUCCUGUUAAAGAUAUGAAAAUAAAUGAUCCCAGCCUCACUGAUAUCAUGGAUCAAAUUGCAAAAAUACAAGACAAGAUUAAAAAGCACCCAUUCGCCAAGCAUCCUUCGAUGAAAGAAAUAUAUAAAAAAUAUAAAGAGAAAAUCAACUGUCAAUCAGAAUUGGAGGAAGUUAGGAUAAAAUUGCUGGAUGCCAAGAAGAUUAUACAAAUGGACGAGCUUAAAUGCCGCAAAAGAGUAUUGAGGAGGCUUGAUUAUUGUACAAAAGAGGAUGUCAUCGAGCUGAAAGGCAGAGUGGCUUGCGAAUUGAGCAGUGCGGAUGAGCUUCUUCUGACAGAACUACUAUUCAACGGUGUGUUCAACAACCUUACCCCAGCUGAGGCAACUGCACUCCUGAGCUGUUUUGUUUGCACCGAGAAAUCGGACAAGCCCCCAAAAAUCAGGGAAAGUUUAAAUGGCCCCUUCAGGCAGAUGCAGGACAUAGCCCGAAGAAUAGCCAAAGUCAAUGCAGAAUGUCGGUUGACAGUUGAUGAAGAAACUUAUGUACAGUCUUUCCGCCCGUUUCUGAUGGAUAUAGUGUACAGGUGGUGUAAUGGAGCUUCCUUCAGAGAUCUUUUAGAUCCAGAUAUUUACGAAGGUUCGGUUAUUCGCUGCAUGAGGCGUUUGGAGGAACUUUUGAGGCAGAUGGUGCAAGCCUCCAAAGUAAUUGGGAAUCACGAGUUGGAAGAUAAGUUUGAAGAUGGAAUUAAAAUGAUCAAGAGGGAUAUCAUAUUUGCAGCCAGUUUAUAUUUGUAAUUGCAUCUCAAUGAUUUCUGAUGAAAUUCUAAUGUACAUAUCAAGGAAUAAUGUAAAUUCUGAAGUGAUUUCUGUGGAAAUCAUUUGUAUGUAAAUAAAUUUGACAUAGUUUA